AUGCGGAAUCCCUUUGCUGCCAACGAGGACAGGAGCGACGCACCUCGCGAAAUCUUUGGGUAUCGCAUCUACCUUCUGGCUCUAUCAGCGACAUGGGCGUCGUCAAUGUAUGGUUACGACUCGGCAUUCAUUGGCGGGACGCUUGCGCUGCCCUCAUUCAAGCACUCGUACGGUCUCGACACCGUGGGCAAGACCGAGUUACUUGAUCUGUCCUCCAACAUUGUGUCUACCUUCCAAGGAGGCGCCUUCUUUGGCGCCAUCUUCGGGUUUUUUCUCUCCGAGAAAUUCGGACGGAAGCCCAUCAUCAUGGUCUCGGGCGUCGUCUUUUCGUUGGGUGCCGUCUUGCAAUUGAUUGGCAAAAUUGGGCUGCUCUAUGCUGGACGUGCUCUGACAGGCCUGGGUAUUGGGGCAUCUGCAACAAUCAUCCCGAUAUACAUCUCUGAAUGUUCGCCGGCCUCGAUUCGAGGUCGAAUGGUGGGUUUCUUUGAAAUAAUGCUCCAAAUAGCCCUCGUCUUCGGGUUCUGGGUGAAUUACGGAGUCAACAAAAACAUCUCCGCGACGAAUCCGGCUCAAUGGAGGAUUCCGGUCGGUAUACAGUUGAUCCCGGCCGGCCUUCUGCUCUGCUUCAUGCCCUUCAUGAUCGAGAGCCCUCGAUGGCUUCUCAGCAAAAACAAGAUGGAGCAGGCUAGAAAGUCUCUAUCUUGGGUCAGGAAUUUGCCACAGGACCACGAAUACCUAGAUCGAGAGUUGACGGAGAUGGCAGCAGGCGUUAAUCACGAACUGGAGCUCACCGGAGUAGGGAUGGGCAAAUCCCAGAUGUUGCGCGAGAUCAUUCGCCCGGGAAUCAGGAACCGUGUCAUUCUGUCUGUCCUGUUGAUGCUGUUGCAGAACCUCACCGGGAUUAAUGCGGUCAAUUACUACUCACCUAUCAUCUUCAAAGCCAUUGGGAUCUCGGGAACAUCAGUCGGCCUUCUGGCAACCGGAGUGUAUGGCCUCGUGAAAAUGGUGACGACUGUUAUAUUCAUGGUUUUCAUUGUCGACACAGUCGGUCGUCGCAUUUCGCUGCUGGUGGGCUCUGUGGGCGCCGCGUUUGCCAUGUUCUACUUGGGGAUCUACUCUAAAGUGAGCGGAUCUUUCAACCAUACUCCCCCCCGAGACGCUGGUGCCAAUGGCGCCAUCGCCAUGGUCUACAUCUACGCGGUGUUCUACGGAUUCUCUUGGAACGGAAUUCCGUGGAUUAUCUCGUCAGAGAUCUUGCCUACCCGAGUCAGAACCUUGGGCAUGAUGUGCGCUGUGUGCAUGCAAUGGCUUGCCCAGUUCAUGGUCGUGUACUCGCUCCCCCACAUGGUGGCGUCGAUAACUUAUGGCAUCUUUUUCUUCUUUGGGGCCUGCACCGUUGUCGCCAUGGUUUUCGCUUAUCUGUUUGUUCCGGAAACGAAGGGCGUCUCUCUGGAAGACAUGGAUCUGCUCUUCGACAAAGAUUCUAGCGUCUGGGCGAAGAACUCCUACAAGAAAUACAAGGAAUUGAAAGAGGCUGGUCUCAACGCAACCACGAUUCAUGCUGCCCAAGUGAAGGAGACGACCCAAGUGGUCGAACUUGAACAUAUUUGA